AUGCAAACAGGAUAUGAUAUCAAUCAUUUGGCGCGAGAGGCUCAAACUCGUUGGCUAAAGCCUGCUGAAGUGCUUUUCAUAUUGCAGAAUUACGAGGAGCACCAGCUUACACCCCAAAUUCCUCAAAAACCAUCCAGUGGAUCUUUGUAUCUAUUCAACAAGCGAGUCCAGAAAUUUUUCCGUAAAGAUGGUCAUAGUUGGCGCAAAAGGAAGGAUCAGAGAACUAUUGCUGAAGCACACGAAAGGCUUAAGGUUGGGAAUGCUGAAGCAAUAAAUUGUUACUAUGCGCAUGGAGAGCAGAAUCCUAACUUUCAGAGACGCAGCUACUGGAUGUUGGACCCGGCUUGUGAGCACAUUGUUCUCGUUCACUACAGAGACAUUGAGGAGGGAAGGCAGAAUGCUAUAUUGACAUCGCAGUUCUCACCAUUAUCUUCUUCAAUCUCCAGUCCAAGUCCCUACUCUUUUACAACUCAGAAGCAAGGCUCUUCUGUUGCCAUUAACGAAUCUUAUGAACCAAAUCAAAAUACAUCAAGUCCUGGCUCUGUUGAAAUAAGUUCUCAAGGAGUCGAGAGUCGUGGAAUAUAUCAGUCGGACAUUACAGAGAGGAUAGAGGAGAUUAAUAGCUCAUCAGAUCAUGAUUUAGGUCAAGCAUUACAAAGAAUCGAGCAGCAUUUAAGUUUAAAUGAUGAUGUGGCAGAAGAGAUCAAUAUGUUGUACAUUGAGAACAAUGAUUCAAAUUAUUUAGGAAACAUUCUAGAUGAUUAUGAUUUGUCUGCUCAGAGGCCAGAGGCUUCAGACAGUCUUCUUUUGCAACCAUUUUCAGGUGACAAUGUUGAGCAUCGUCAAUCACUCUCAGGCGUUGAAGUAGAAGAAGUAGACAAUUGGAAAGAAAUAUAUGGUAGCUUUAAGAAUUUUCCAGAUGUCAAAUUACAAGCAUAUGAUGCCCACUUGAAUGAAAAUGGUGUGCGGCUCAAUUCAUCACCAAAAGAGCCAGCAUCGAACCAAGAAAUUUACAAUUGGCCGAACUUUGAUGGACAAGAUGCCCAAAAGUAUCCCGUGAUGAUUCCCCAGGAACAUGAGUCUAUCAGAUAUCCUGUAUACUCUUCCAUGAUGAAUACUUCUGAAACCAAUCAGGACUGCUAUCAAACCGUAUUUGAGCAAGGGCAGACCAGAAUUUCUCUUCAUGAAAAUUUGAUUUUGAAGCAGAAGUUCACAAUCCGGGAGAUAUCUCCACAGUGGUGUUAUGCCUAUGAGGCUGCAAAGGUUAUCAUCAUUGGUACUUUCCACUGCAAACCAUCAGAGUCUACAUUGGCCUGUAUGUUUGGUGACAUUGAAGUGCCUGUUCAGAUUAUUCAAGAAGGUGUCAUUUGCUGCCAUGCUCCUGCCCAGUUGCCCGGAAAAGUCACGCUUUGCAUUACGUCUGGAAAUAGAGAGUCCUGCAGUGAAAUCCGGGAGUUUGAAUACCAUGUUAAACCUAGUGUUUCCACAGGCAAUAAUAUCCUGGAAAAAGAGGCUAGUAAGAGUCCAGAAGAACUCUUGUUGCUCGUGCGAUUAGUACAGAUGCUUUUGUCUGAUCCGUCGGAUAAAAAAGAAGAUGGCUCUGAAUCAAGAAGUGAUUUGUUGGGCAAAUCCAAAAUGUCUGAAGACUCAUGGAGCCAAAUCAUUGAUGCUAUUUUGGUUGGCACUUUGACAUCAUUAAGCACCAUGGAGUGGCUUAUGCAAGAACUUUUGAAAGACAAGUUGGAACUGUUGCUUUCUUCUAGAUUACAAAAGAAUAAUCAGCUGACAUGUUCUUCACUUAAAAAAGAACAAGGCGUGAUACACAUCAUUGCUGGAUUGGGUUUUGAGUGGGCAUUGCAACCGAUUCUCAAUUCUGGAGUCAGCAUAAAUUUCCGUGAUAUCAAUGGUUGGACUGCACUUCAUUGGGCUGCACAAUUUGGGAGGGAAAAAAUGGUUGCCGCCCUCAUAGCAUCUGGUGCAUCAGCUGGAGCAGUUACGGAUCCAAAUUCACAGGAUCCAAUUGGUAAAACCCCAGCAUCUAUUGCUGCUACCAGUGGACACAGGGGACUCGCGGGUUAUCUUUCAGAAAUGGCACUAACUAGUCAUCUUUCAUCCCUCACACUGGAAGAAAGUCAGCUAUCUAAAGGAUCUGCUGCUGUGGAAGCAGAAAGAACGGUAAAUAGUAUAUCAAAAACAAGUUCCUAUACCGAUGAGGAUCGGGAUUCUCUUAAGGAUACCUUAGCUGCAGUUCGGAAUGCGGCUCAGGCUGCUGCACGUAUACAAUCUGCGUUUCGUGCACAUUCAUUUCGAAAGAGGCUACAAAGAGAAGCUACAGUUGCUAUUGAUGAUGAUGAGUACAGUAUAUUGUCGAAUGGCAUUCCAGGGAUCUCAGCUGCAUCAAAAUUGGCAUUCCGCAACGCACGUGACUACAACUCAGCUGCUUUGUCUAUUCAGAAAAAAUAUCGAAGCUGGAAAGGUCGGAAGGACUUCCUUUCCUUCCGCCAGAAAGUAGUAAAAAUACAGGCUCACGUGAGAGGCUAUCAAGUUAGGAAGAAUUAUAUGGUUUGCUGGGCAGUUGGUGUACUGGAGAAGGUAGUACUAAGGUGGCGCAGGCGAGGAGUUGGUCUGCGUGGAUUUCGGCAGGACUUGGAAUCUAUUGAUGAAAGCGAGGAUGAAGACAUCCUUAAGGUGUUCCGCAAGCAAAAAGUGGAUGCAGCUAUUGAUGAGUCUGUCUCUAGGGUGCUGUCUAUGGUUGAAUCUCCAGAGGCUCGUCAGCAAUAUCAUCGUAUUCUUCAAAAGUAUCGUCAAGCUAAGGCUGAACUUGAAAAUGCGGAGUCUGAUGCCACAUCUUCGUCUCACCUUGACAUUUCCCAUAUGGAAAAUGAUUGCAGUUACUAG